GUUAGAUCAACAAAUUACUAAGAAAAAGGACCGGAGUGAAUUUUUACAAAUUGAAGAGGUGGAUAUGUAAUUCACAAAAAAAGUCAAUAGAUUGCCGUAUUUAUACUCAACUUUCCGACGAUCGCCGGAACUGAAAAAAACUCCUCUCUCCGGGAAUGGCAGGAAUGGCUAUGUUUGCAUCAAAUCUCUCCAGCGAGAUGGGGUUAAAAUUGCUUCUUAGCCCGCUUAAUACUAAUGCUAUUGUCCGCACUGCAUGGUAUUUGCAGCUGUUCUGUAGGGAUUGUUUUGCCUGUUUAUUCUACCUUUAAAGCAAUUGAGACGGGGAAUCGAAACGAGCAACAUAAAUGGCUUCUGUACUGGGCAGCAUAUGGAUCUUUCAGUAUUGUUGAAGCAUUCACGGAUAAAUUUCUCUGCUGGUUCCCACUAUACUAUCAUGUGAAGCUCGCAUUUCUUGUCUGGCUUCAACUUCCAUCUGCUGAGGGUGCAAAGCAAUUGUACACGAACCAUCUGCGCCCUUUCCUCAUGAGACAUCAAGCAAGACUGGAUCAUAUUUUGGAGUUAUUUCAUGGAGAAUUGGGUAAAUUUAUUAGUACUCACCAGGCAGAAAUCCAGUUUGCAAAGGUGUUUCUUGGCAAAACUUUACUAUCAGUUGGAAAUAUUCUUCAACAACCUGCGCAAGGACGAGUUGUUGGUACAAUUGAAGGGCCAGCGGAGCAAGUAGAGACUUCAGAGUCUGAAGAUGAAUCGUGAUGCCCUCUUCAAAAUCAGCUAAUAAGUACCGUCUCUCUGUUGUACUUCAUAUCAACUUAGUUUAGCUUUCGUUCAUUUUCUCACUGCAUCUUUGAUGCAAAAAUAGGUAAGAGUGAUCAGUGUGUACAUAAUUUUCUAAGGAGUCAAUUUUGUUGUGGUUUGAGAGUUUCCUUCUCCGUUUUCCUGUAAAUAUAUCAACAGAAAGUGCUGAUUUCCUUCAAUCUCGUAGGGCAUUAUAAGAUUUCACAUUGUUUUUAA